GGACAUGGCGGAGAAGAAUGCGCAGCGUAUGCUCAGCACGAACUUCUGGAACGCAUUCGUCAAGAGCUGGGUAUGAUCCAAUCGACUUGUGACUUCUCGGAAAUAUCAAGCGCAUUCGGGCGCGGCAUUCAAGCUUUCGAUGACGAGUUGGCUCAAGCGCUAAAAAAUGCGGUGUCUGAUGUCCCGCUGCACCAGACUUUGCUAACGACGUUUCGAUGAAAAGAUGUUCUUACACGGCUCCUACGGUGUUUCCGUGGAGCGUGUAUGGCGGCGGUCCUCAUUCGAGUUGCAACUCAGGAUCUUUGGGUGGCCAACCUCGGCGACUGUCUCGUGGUGAAAGGUCAUGACAGGGGAGGAGAUCCAUCUGGUAGUUGGGACGUGGGUCGGUUAACGGAAGAGCAUAACACGCACAACGCGAAUGAAGUUAAGCGAAUCCAAGAUGCGCACCCAGGCGAAUCCUGCAUUUUUAACGGUUGCGUCCUUGGCAGAGUAGUCGUAAGCAGGA